AGUUCAUUCCUUACGAGAAAACUGAAGUAGCAUAUUCUACUAUCUGUUUUUCUCGUGUAAAGUUGAAGCUUUAACGUGGUUGAUCAGGAAACGAGAAGCGAAAACCUGUUUGACGUGCUGUUGCCUCGUCCGUCACGCAUUUGCGCAACGGCCCUUUCUUGCGUCGUGAUUUUGCGGCGUUUUCCCUCAUUUUUGGUUCCGAGAGACUGGGCGACCUCUCACUUUUAAAGCGCUCGUCUCACUGGGCAAGCUUCCCGUAGGAUUUUGGUCCGUCGGUUCGAAACAUCCGUCUAUUCAAGAUGUCUAUCCUACGACAUGACUCUCACCCGAUCGUGGAGGACGCCGAGGGUGCCUACUUGACUUUCGACCCCUCCUGUCGCGGAACAAUUGUUUUGACGUGGUCCAAAAAAGCAAUUCCUGACGCGUUCAUCUAUUUUAAUCCACGAAAGCCAGUUCCCAAUUUCAAGUACACGGGGAACGGCGGCCGGAUGCAGCUGUCGACGAACGUCCAGCUGGAUCCUCCCAGAUAUUUCCAGGGAAUUUGUGCGUUCCUCAAAACACUCAAACAAUUUGAUGGCGAGCUGACUGUGAUAAGCCAGAACCAGGGGCCGAAGCCAAUCACUGUCGUUCUUCACGUAGCCGGCACGAACGCCGUUGUCAAAUGCGAGAGAGGCGUGGCGUACGACUUGUCCAAAGUCGAUGUCGUCGGCGUGAUUCCAGUGGAUUGUUCGGAAUUCGACUGUAAAACACUGUCACCCGUCCUAUUUCGCGAAAAAGCUGAUCGCGUGGGAGCGGGGCUGACGGUCCUAUGAUGUUCCUCGCACCGUCGCAGAACAAAUGCUGACAACAGUUGCAGUUACAGCGGCAUUUUUUGGUUCGGGUAGUCAAAUCUGCCAGCAACGACUCGUAAAAUUUUUUCCUGCUGUCUAUUAUUUUCGACUAACAGGCGGCCGACCCUGUCGGCUAUCGCCCAGGUUUCAGGCUGUUUUGUUCUCGCACCCACAGCGGGCGGGGAUCAAGUAUUUGCCAUCUGUCCCGAUCUAUACGUGGACACUACAAGUUGUUCCUUCUGAUGCAAGGUUCCGUGUGAAGAAUCAUGUAGAGGGUAUUCCUUCCCACGACUUGCCAGUGCCCGUGGUAAUGAUGCGAAACGAUAUGAUGGCUGAAUUUUUUAUUGGCAAGGCUUGUCCUUUCAUGCACGUGUCGCCGAUGUAUACAAAAAGUGCUGCCAGCCGUCAACUGCCGGAGGUGAGAGAUGAUACCAAGCAUUUGUUCCUUCCAGGAAGUCUGCUGACACGCAGAUGCUAAAACGUUGGAUUUUUGCCAGCUCUAUGUGUUAAAUGGGCGACCGCUCUUUAAUGAGUAUGCGCGCGUGGCAGGGUAGCGUAGCCCGUAUAUUCCGACUUUUAACAUCGACGUGUCGCUGUACUUCGUCGCACACCGGUGCGGAACAGAAGAACACGCUAUUGAA